UCAAGAACGCGCGCGUGUUCUCAUACUCAGAUCGGUUAGUUAGUAGGAGUCUCGUCUGUUCUCUAUGAUCGAUGAAAGUAUGAACAACACAUAGAUUAUUAACAGCCCAUGCUGCGCAGAGCGUCUCCUUUGAAGGAUUUUGAGAUGAAGAAAGACAUUGAUACACUUAUAGCUGAAGAACGGGCUGAGAUCAUUGCAAAAUAUGAGAAGGGCAGGCAGGAGGGUGUUCACAUUAACUCCUGGGAGGAUGCAGACUACAGCAUCUUCAAGUUCACAGAUCGCUUUGGUUUCCUGCAUAAAGAGGAACUGCCGAUACCAACUGCAGUGGAGGAGAAGUACAAGCUCCUGGAGAUUGAAAGAGUUGAGAAAUGGCUUAAAAUGGUGAAGAAGUGGGAAAAGUACCACAACAGCGAAAAGAUGGUAAAGCGGGUGUACAAGGGGAUUCCCGUGCAGCUGCGUGGGCAGGCCUGGGCUCUGCUGCUAGACGUGGAUAAUGUGAAGCAGGCCAACUUCAGGAAGUAUGAGAAAAUGAAGGAACAAGCCAAAAAGUACUCAACUGAAAUUAAGCAGAUAGAUCUUGAUGUCAACAGGACCUUUAGAAACCAUAUCAUGUUCAUGGACCGCUUUGGGGUCAAACAGCAAUCCCUGUUCCAUGUGCUGGCAGCUUAUUCCGUCUACAACACGGAAGUGAGCUACUGUCAGGGGAUGAGCCAGAUUGCCGCAAUUUUACUCAUGUACAUGAAUGAGGAAGAUGCAUUCUGGGCCUUAUCACAGCUUCUGACCAAUGGGAAACAUGCCAUGCACGGGUUCUUCAUUCCAGGGUUUCCCAAACUCCAGCGUUUUCAGGCUCAUCAUGACCAAAUACUGUCAAAACUCCUCCCCAAACUGAAGAAACACUUGGAUAAGGAACAGAUGUCCACUGGUUUCUACUCGACUAAAUGGUUCCUCCAGUGUUUCAUUGACAGGACACCCUUUACACUCACCCUGCGUCUAUGGGACAUCUACAUAUUAGAGGGAGAGAGAGUCCUCACCGCCAUGGCCUAUACUGUACUCAAACUGCACAAAAAACACCUUCAGAAGAUGUCUCUAGAGGACCUCAGGGAGUUUCUGCAGGAGCGCAUUGCUUCCUCCUUCACCGUGAGUGAUGAUGUUGUCAUUGAUCAACUGCAGUCAUCUAUGUCCGAGCUGCGCAGGAUGAAACUCGAUCUCCCUUCUCCAGCCAAGGGAGAUGAGAUCCCAAAGAUACCUCUGGGCCAGGAGCGUCCAAUAGUGCUGGCUCCAGUUAUCCAAACCAAGUGUGUGUCCAUACCACCACCAGCAACGCACAACAAUCCAACCUCAACCAAACCACACACCGAGGACAUCACCACCCACUACCAGAGCAGCGAUAAACUUACCCCUUCCAUUAACUGUCCACCCUCCCCUCUACCAAAGCACACCCAAUCUUCAAACCCUUCAUUGUCACAGGUUACGCCUAAAGACACAGCUACCACAUUGAAGAUUCAAGACAGUGCCCCUGAACAAGGACCAAAUCUUCUUCACCUCCCAGAACCUGCACCAGGGGAUAAGCUCUCUUUAAAAAAGGGACAUGUCAGUAGACCUCUAUCAGCGGUGUCUGAUGAGUGGCCUCCACCCUACCAGCCACCCAUAACUGAUUCUUCCAGUAUACACUCCUUUAAUCUCCCAGAGUUGCCACCUCCACCUCUUCCCUGCAUCGAACAAGCAGUUGAGGUUUUACCACUAGAGGAGGACGUCCUGUUCUAUCUUCCUCCUCCACCACCGCCAAUUACCGAACCUCUAGAUCUAAUCUUAGAAGAUCCAUCUUCAUCGCCCUCCUCAUAUCGAGCCCAUCGGCAGCUAAGCAAGUUUCCAGUCAACUUAUAUGUUCCUCCAUCCUCAAAUGACCGCCGGCCUUUUAACACCUCCCAUUACGACAACAUCUGGGAGGCAGAAGGCCAGUCUGUGGAGAGACUGUUGGACAUGGCCACCAUAUUGCCGCAAAACUCAGACUUGGGUGUCCAGAAACCCACCCUUCCCCUUCAUUCAGAGGACACCUUGUCUCUUACUGUACCGCCCCCAUCCAUGUUCUUCUAUUCCCCGGACUCUUCGCCCCUACCUCCUCCUCCAACCCAAUGCAUCGAGGAGCCCAACAGUCACGCAACUCCAGACUGUGUUUUUCCCCAGCCACCAGGCAGCUUCGUAGACAGACCUUUCCUUGUACCUUCAGUCCCAUCCAAUCGCAUGCUUCUAAACCAGACUGUACAAGACAUGGAUCAAUCAUGGCCCCCAAGACUUCCGCCCAAAAAAUUACAACCCGCAAGCCUUUCUUCUGUACACUCGGAUUCAGACUUCUCCCGAAUGCAUGUUCCAAGUCAUUAGUUGCUGUAAUGGACAAUUAUUUCCUUCAAAAGCAAGACUUUUUAUUCCAUUGUUACAGUGAACUAAAGGUGGGUUUCUUCUUUUUGGCUUUUGUAAAAUUCUGUUUGUCAUUACUUAAGUUCAUUCUGUACAUUUGCACAUAUGAGAAUGACCUUUAAUAUGUAAUGGGCUUCCACAUAACUCCCGUCAGAAUGCGUUAUAACAUGCUGCUCAAAGUUCAAACAAUUUCAGCUUUGGCCCUCUUGCUGCUGACCUUUCGAAGCGACAGCCAGUGAUUACCAGACAAAUCAGAAGAUGUAUUGAUGCCAGUGCUGAAAUCAAAACAAGACUUCCUCUGCAGCAAUUUUCAUGUGGCUUUCAAGCAGCACUUGAUGCUGCUGUUGAGCAGUGUGUUGACGCCCCAGCACUAGUCAUGUGGAAGCUCUUUGAGCUUUGUACAACUUGUAGAUCUUAUGUUGCAAUAAGUGUUAUGGGGCAAUGCACCGCUCAAUACCAAUGUGAACCACUGCUUUGACCACCAGAUUAAAUGUGCUGCAGAGAAUGUCUAGUUUUGAUUUUAGCACUAGUACAGUCAACAAUACAUAUUCUGAAUUGUCUGGUAAUCAUUGGCUGCUGCUUUAAAAGGUCAGUGGCAACGGGGUCAAAGUUGAAAUUGUUUGAACUUGAGCUUUACGUUACAACGCUUGACAGAAUUGCAACACGGCACCACUGUAGAUUCACUCCGCAGAGCUCAAUGUAUUCGGCAAUGCUGAUGCAAGUCAUGUGGAAGUCGCUUUAUACCACAGAUCAAAAUGGGAUGCUUGUAUGUUAUGUUUGUGUUUUUAUGAGUGUCUCAGGCAGAUUUUUGCAUUGGAAACCCCUUUUCCGAAAUGAAGCAUCUAGUUGUAGCAGUUAUUAUCAGUGUCACACUUUGAGAAGAUGAGUAACCAGUACUAAUCUUAGAUUGAAUUGCAACUUGAGGGAAAGCAGCUUGAUUUGACCUCAUGUCCAUGUUUUUAAUCAGUCAGCAUGCCACCAUCAUCUCAUUUUUUGAGUGGAUUGGUUUUUCAUCUUGGAGGAAUUUUAAGUGUUUUGAUUCUUUUGAAACUUGGUUACAUUUGGAAAAUACACCGAAGCAUGUACAUCAUAUAUGUAAAAAAACAAAUCGUAUCAACAUAUUUUGGAAAUGCAAAUAAGAAAUCGCCAAACACCAAACUGUCAAGACAAGUAAAUAUAGCUGUAAAAGGCCAUAGUAUUGCUCAACAGGGAAUUUUAGAGGAAAUUCCCUCCUCAGCUUGAAGUCCUGUAAUAUAAUGCCUGGUAGCGACACCUUGUGUUUGAUGAUGAUAGACAUCUUGGUCAAAGUAUAUACAGGGAAAUUGUAAAGCCACCCAAGUGAAGAUUUAACAAUCAAUGUACAUUUUUAUAGGAUUAUUUUAUUGUUUAAAGAACAUUAUUGUUUUGCACUUUGUCAUUGGGGUUAAGAGCUUAUAUUUAAUUGCUUUUUAUAUUUAGCUUCUCAGGUCAAAUGGUUUCAUUGUUUUAUCUUCAUGG